AUGGACGACUUAGAGGCCAAAAAGAAGCGCAGAUCGCCCAACGCAGGACCAGAUUCUCCCAGGCCCUACAUAUGCCCCAUUUGUUCAAGAGCUUUUCAUCGUUUGGAGCAUCAAACAAGACAUAUCCGUACACAUACUGGAGAAAAACCCCAUGUGUGCGAUUUCCCAGGUUGUACCAAAAGAUUCAGCAGAAGCGAUGAACUAACACGGCAUAAGAGGAUACACACUAAUCCGCACCCCAAGGGUAAACGCGGUCGCAAGAAAAAGACCGAGGUGGCCAACAACGGCAACGCAGCCGAAGGCACUUUCAAAACGGCUUCCGGAAGAGACAGACAAAUCAGAGCACCCACCACCUUUGAGUUAGGUGGUGGCGACGACGACGAAACCUCUGACAUGAACAACGCCACAAGCUCUCCGGAAGACCAAAGUAUGGGACUUUUGGUCAACGCUGCUCUGGGAAGCAUCCCGGCAAGAGACAAUGCCGGACCAGGCGAUUCAUUACAUACGGUACAAUCACUGCCGUCUCUCAAAACCUGGGAACCAGCACUGACCAGAAGCAUUAACUCAGCACCACCGAGUACCUUGAAUGGUAACACGGCACAUUACUCGUCAGCGGUUAACCUACAGCAGCCACCGAAUAAUGGUGGAGCAUCUCUAUUGCCAAGAACAAUACCGUCACGACUUAAACUCAACGUUCUUUCGUCUUUGCAAAGAAUGACACCCAUAGCUCCCGUGACACCGGUACGACCGGUUAGUUCAAGCAACAGUGGAUCCUCAACGCCAUCGUAUCAAGCACAGGACUCUUACUCUGCUGGUGGCACACUCUUGCCGCGUCCAAAGGCUACGUUAGGAUCGUUUAACGGUAAUGGAUCUUCAAACUCGUUGACGAGUAUUUCAAAUUUACUUACGGCGGAUGAUGGCGAUGAUGAACUGGACGACGAAGAAUUAGGUAGGGCUCGCAAAAAGUCGAGAACAACGACCCCCACGAUGAGCCGGAGCCAUAGUCGGUCAAAGUUGAACAUGCAGAGCGGUUCCUUCACAAACUUGGCGAGCCUAAAUGGGCUCUCUCAGCCUCCAGGUGUUACAGGAGUACUUUCAUCAAGGCCAUCUGCCAUGGAUUUCACUAGCGAGCUGAGCCAGCGGCUGCACAGCGUACAAAGAUCGCAAUCGGCUCAAUUUCUGGAUCGCUACGCAUCCACACCGUCGGUGGCGCUAUCGAGCGCUACUUCUGCCAAAUACACACCUUUAGGUACGCCUCCUCGAAUAGCAAGUCCUUCGAACGCCAAGAUCAAUUUGGACUUAAAACAGGCUGCUCAACACCCAAGAUCGGACGGCGAGGAGUCAGACUCGGCACUUCCCCCGAUCCGGAGUUUGGACCUGCAGUUUCCCACAGGCUAG